AUUAUCAUUAACAAGAAUCAUUUGGAUGAGAGAGAGAUGGAUGACAGAAGCAGCAGCAGAAGUAGAAGCAGAAGGGUUGGGGAUGGAGAAAUGGGAAAAGCAGUUAUUGCAUUGAUAUGCGGCACGCUUGUGUACUAUCACUGUGCUUACCGCAAUUCCAGCAUUGUCUCCCUCUUUUCCGACGUCUUCAUUGUGCUUCUCUGUUCUCUCGCCAUUCUCGGCCUUCUCUUCCGUCAGAUGAACGUCGAGGUGCCUGUGGAUCCAUUGGAGUGGCAAAUCUCUCAGGACACUGCUAAUACCAUCGUCGCCUGCCUUGCUAACACCGUCGGUGCCGCCGAGUCCGUCUUGAGGGUUGCUGCCACCGGCCAUGACAAGAGACUCUUUUUCAAGGUCAUUUUUUGCCUUUAUGUCUUAUCUGCUCUCGGAAGAUUGGCUUUGGGUAUCACAGUUGCAUAUGCUGGACUAUGCUUGUUUUGUCUUUACAUGCUCGCAGAAUCUUCUCAAUCAAUCAGUUCGUGUCUUUCCUGGAUAUUGGGAAGAAGAAACGACACUAGUGAAGACCAAGACACCAUCAUGUAACUUGAUCAUUUUUGUACUUGUAUUUUGUUCCAAAUGUAAAGUUCACUCCGUAGCCGAAUCUAGAAUUACAGCAGUUCAGACCCAAAAAAAAAAAAAUGCAAUGAUAUCAAUGUGCUUGAUAUUAAUAUAUAGAUUUUCUACUUGCUUCACUUUACCACCAGAAUAAAGGUUUUUCGAAAGUUGGAGAUUGAUUCGUCCACUCAUUAGAUUUGUGCUUUUUUAAUCGUUUUAAAUCACCGGUUAUACAAUUCUGGUUGCUUUCGAAUACUCCAUCUAUUU